CAAGGUGAAGAGCUGGUCUGUUUGGCAGGACCUUCCCAUCUGGGAUCCAUCUGUGUUUCCCUGGAAUGGGACAGGCAGCUCUAGUCAGUGAGAAAUCGCAGAUGUGAGAGAGCUGACACAUGUCCAGCUAAUGAAAGAAGGAGGAAGGCUGGUUUCGGAUUGGGCUUUGAAGAUUAGGAGGAGAAAAAGAGGAGCUUUCUUGUAUCUAUUUCAAAUAAAUUUGGUAUAUUAAGAAUCUGGAUUGUUAUAAUUGGGCAUUUGGGUUGGUCCUGAGAAAAGGGUGCCAGCAAUGCCUGGAUCGCCUGUGGAAGUGAAGAUACAGUCAAGAUCCUCACCUCCCACCAUGCCACCCCUCCCCCCAAUAAAUCCCGGAGGACCCAGACCAGUGUCAUUUACUCCUACAGCAUUAAGCAAUGGCACCAACCAUUCUCCUCCUACCCUGAAUGGUGCCCCAUCACCACCACAGAGAUUCAGCAAUGGUCCUGCCUCUUCCACAUCGUCAGCACUAACAAAUCAACAAUUGCCAGCCACUUGUGGUGCUCGGCAGCUCAGCAAGUUGAAGCGCUUCCUCACCACUUUGCAACAAUUUGGCAAUGACAUCUCACCUGAGAUUGGGGAGAAGGUGCGGACUCUUGUUCUAGCGCUGGUGAACUCUACAGUAACAAUUGAAGAAUUCCAUUGCAAACUCCAAGAGGCUACAAACUUUCCUCUUCGUCCUUUUGUGAUUCCAUUCCUCAAGGCCAACCUGCCCCUGCUGCAGCGAGAACUGCUGCACUGCGCUCGGGCCGCCAAGCAGACCCCAUCCCAGUACUUGGCUCAGCAUGAACACCUCCUGCUCAACACAAGUAUCGCGUCACCUGCAGACUCUUCUGAGCUGCUCAUGGAAGUGCAUGGAAACGGAAAGAGGCCCAGUCCAGAGAGGAGGGAAGAGAGCAGCUUUGAAAGAGACACAAUUCCUCCUGAACCUCCUGCCAAAAGAGUGUGUACAAUCAGCCCUGCGCCCCGGCACAGCCCCGCCCUCAAUGUGCCCCUCAUGAAUCCUGGGGGCCAGUUCCAUCCUACACCUCCGCCUCUUCAGCAUUACACAUUAGAAGAUAUUGCAACCUCCCAUCUGUAUCGUGAGCCCAACAAGAUGCUAGAACAUCGAGAAGUUCGUGAUAGACACCACAAUCUUAGUCUAAAUGGAGGUUAUCAAGAUGAGUUGGUAGACCACCGUUUGACAGAAAGGGAAUGGGCUGAUGAAUGGAAACAUCUUGAUCAUGCCCUGAACUGCAUUAUGGAAAUGGUAGAAAAAACAAGGCGCUCCAUGGCAGUUCUGCGGCGCUGUCAGGAAUCUGAUCGUGAGGAACUCAACUACUGGAAACGACGAUAUAAUGAAAACACAGAGAUGAGGAAAACAGGGGGCGAGUUGGUCUCCAGGCAGCACAGUCCUGGGAGUGCAGAUUCUCUCAGCAAUGAUUCUCAGCGGGAAUUCAGCACGAGGCCAGCAACAGGAUAUGUACCUGUGGAGUUUUGGAAAAAAACUGAAGAAGCUGUGAAUAAGGUGAAAAUUCAGGCCAUGUCAGAAGUACAGAAAGCCGUUGCUGAAGCAGAGCAAAAAGCCUUUGAAGUGAUUGCAACAGAGAGAGCCCGGAUGGAGCAAACCAUAGCGGACGUCAAACGGCAGGCCGCAGAGGAUGCCUUUCUCGUCAUAAAUGAGCAGGAAGAGUCAACGGAGAACUGCUGGAACUGUGGUCGCAAAGCCAGUGAGACCUGCAGUGGCUGCAACAUCGCACGGUACUGCGGCUCCUUCUGUCAGCACAAGGACUGGGAACGGCACCACCGCCUCUGUGGCCAGAACCUGCACGGCCAGAGUCCCCACGGCCACAGCCGGCCCCUGCUUCCUGGAGGAAGGGGCUCCUCAGCCAGGUCUGCCGACUGCAGCGUGCCAAGCCCGGCCCUGGACAAGACCUCGGCCACCACCUCGCGCUCCUCAACGCCUGCCUCUGUGACAGCCGUCGACACCAACGGACUCUGAGCCCCAGACUCACUUGCCCUGAUGACCUCACAGCAUGACAAAAUGCUACUCCAGGGGCUGGCUGUUGGGUCAUCAGCGAGAAGUGAAGGGGACGCAGGAAGAGGGCAAGGCCAGCAUCAGCCUCCACAGCCUCUCCGGCACUGGCCCGUUUCCGUCUGUGUCCUUGGGGGAACGAGUGUGCCAUUCUCUCUGCACACGGGCGGCUACCUGGAGCUGUCUGCUCCAUGGCUUCCUGGUCUGUCCCUCUCCCAGCUGAGUCGACCACCAGCUCCCCUCCCUGCCCCGUGAGGCAGCAGACUUGUCGGAUGUGCCCAGCCAGGCUGGAGGCAGCUCACCCCAGGCACUGUCCCUUCUCCCCUUCCCCCCACGCCAGGGGCCUGGAGGCUGACCACAGGCCAUGGAGGAGGUCCCCCCGACAGCUCCUUCAGCCCUAUUUCCACCCUCAGCAGAUGCCACUGGUUGGCCCCCUGGGACUUGGGCAGGCAAGAAGUGGCACUCAGGACUCUCCUUGACCCUGCUGUUCAGACUUGUUAAGAUUCUCAGAAGCCACGGGAAAGAAGUCACCAUUUCAGUAAAAGUACCCACAAUAAUAAAAAAUGAGUAAAACUUCUACCAAACUUCUACAGAUCAUUUUGGACAAGAUUUUCCAACCUGGUUGGCUACUUUAUAGUUUGGGACCCAUUUUUCUCUCUCUUAUUUGAUUUUUGCUUGUGCAGAAAAUAGUUCCCAGCGCAUGGAUUGGUCUGAGGGAGAAUGAGACUCGAUUGUGGACAGUCUGUUCUCUCCGAGCAUGUUGGCCAAACUAGUAUCGUCAAGUUACUGAAUGGAUCACCUAUUGGAAAUGCAGAACCUUUUGUCACCGCUUGGCUGUUUGUACAGUCUUGUUCUGUGUCCUUUUAUCUCAGACCACGCGUGUCCAGAUCCACACUGUGGAUCUUCUUCCCGUGGUCUCUGUUUGGCGCCUAAUAAGCCACAGUUGUCCCAGAGGAUGUGACGUGAUGUGACCAGGACUUGCCUCACCGGUCAGGGCGUGGUCAUGUCUGAGCAGCCCUCCUGGACCUGAAAGAAUUCUUCAGACCUCGUGGUUUCAUGUCAUACGUACUGUCCUUUUAGUAUCAGGCACAAAGUCUCAGAUUCCUUUCUCUUCUCUUGUUUGAUACCUACCUUCUUUGAGCUAAGAAAAGUUUUGUGAAAUGUGAGAACCAUUUUGAGAGAGCCUGACCAAUUUUUCUUCCUGUCUUCAGGGACUUUUCCAGCUGCUUACCUGGCUUUCCAAACAUGAUGUCACCUAAACCCCCGUUAAAGUCUUAAAAACUGCCACACACAUUUCCCCUGCCAUUCGGGUUCCGUGGGGAGCCCAAGGACCCUGAACUGCCCAGUCUCCACCUGUGGACCUCUACCACCCUCUCGCCUCAAGGAGUCAGUUGGGGAGAGUUGGUUGACUUGCUCCUGCUGGUACUUGAAAGCCCAGCUUUAGAUGGCCACCUUCUGUGCGCUGACGGGGUGGAGGACAAGCUCUCGGUCCCGUGAAGGAAAAGCGAUCAGCCUCGGUCGCAUUGCCCUUGCAUUCGGUGUAUCUUACUUUAAGAACUGCUAGUCCCUGAUUUACCUUUCCCAAGGAUUUUCUGUCUGAGAAAGGAACUCGGUACAAGGCAUCUUUAAAAUACCUCUAUCUCCAUUGCAUAAAGUAUACCCAGAGAAGGAAUAACAGAAUGCUGUUACUUGGUUGUGGCGCUCCAUAAGCUGCAACAUUUGGUGGGGUGUCCUGACUUUAACUGGAUGAAAGGCGCACCCCAGACAGGACUUGCCUUCAUUUCCAUAAGACAUGGGAUGUCCCAGAAGGAGGUCAUGGAGCCUGUAAAUCGCUUACAGUGUGUGUCCCCUGGGUGUGUCCUCAGCUCACUGUCUUCAUCGGCGAGUCGGACGCACACCUAGGCAGGUUCUUUAAAUCUUCGUUGGCCACAGGCUAGCCAGGGUAGCUCACAUUUUUCCUGGUUGGAAUAAAGAUCCAAGACCAACAAAAUACUGCUCAUCAGGGCUCGAUGUCAGUUUCUUAAGCUAAGGUUUAGGUUUAGCGGCUGUGGUUCCAAUGACAGCUUAGGUUUCAGUUUUUGUAAUGCUCUUCUCCACUGCUUUGCUCAUGUGCUAUCCAGAGGCCAAGUGGAAAACCUGGGCAGUGUUCCACACUGGAGUUCAGUUCCCAUACCUUUUGCAGUGUUCAUUUUGGUGAGUUUCACACACAGGCUGCAGGCGCAUCUGUCCAGGACUUCCUGUUUAGAUCGGAAGAAUCCCUUUCUCUAGCUCCCUCCUUUCUGAAAUUCUCCAGCUCUCUGGUUGCGAGGAGGGGCUGCGCGUGGGGUGGGGUGGGGUAAGGGGCUGGAGAGGAAGGCGGUGAGUCCAGGUUCCCCACUUGGUUUCCUGCUCAUCCCACCCCAGCUAGCAGGUUGGGGGUGCAAGUUCAGGCUCCCCAGUUUAGUUGGAUUUUAAAUAAUAUAAUCAGGCUGCGUAGAGGACCCACCUUUAUAGUUCAUAUUUGGGAGGCUAAGACAAAGGGCUCAGAGUGGUGGUACUGAAGGUGCUGUCAGGGUAGUCAGUCACAGGCUCUUCCAUGUUACCAUAGAAACCAAAAGCAAAUACGGAAGUGCCUGCCCAACCAUCAGCAUCGCCCACUGAGGGACACUGACAAGUGACAGGAUAUCAGUGUCCUCUGCCCAGUGAGGAAUGGUUGCAGGAACCAGGAAACACCAAGAGUGGCCAAUAUGGGAGCCGUCGUUAAAUGUUCCAUGUUCCAAACGAUGCUUGAGGCAGUGUCCUCGUACUUCAGCCGCCCUCUGGGCCCCCACUGCCUGCACCAUAUGUGAAAACUGACUCUGAACAAGCUGCUUCAUUCUACCUGCACAAGGAAUAGCCAGCCCACCUAAUAAGGGGUGAGCACUGCACUCUGCAGGGUCUUUCCAGUUCCGGGGAUCGAGCGGCCCUGAGGUCACAGCGAGUGGAUCUUUUCCUGGACUGUGCUUAGUCAUGAAUGUCCCAGUGGAUCUGAGUUUAGAAACAGGACACAUCUACCCAGCAUGGGUCCAUGUCUGGAUGGGCUGCAGUGUGGCCUCUGCACACUGACGUCCUGGGCCCACCCAGGCCGCUUGGUCUACCAGGAGCUCCUCAACUCGUGCUGUCAGCGUGAGCAUCUUUAGCUUCUAGACAGAAAAUCUACACUUUACUUUGUAUGGCCUUGUUCCAAAGGCAAAUUGAUCCCCAGUGCUGAUACCUGCUUGCAAAGGGUGUAGACCUUGUUCUGGGUGGUUCCAGAAAAUAUCUCAGCAAGUAGAUCUGAAGGUUCAACAACACAAUUGGAAUUGUAUGGUAGUGGGUUCUUCAGAACAAAAGCAUUAAUAAUGACCGGGUGGUUGGUUGUCCUGGGAAUUGUGGAAGGGAUUAUGGAUUGAAUAAAUCGUUUAAAAUAGAACACAUCUUGGAGGCUUUCUUGGGAACUGGUUUUCUAGACUCCCGGGUCAGUAGACCAAGCCAACUUUCUUAGAUUUUUUUUUUUCUUUAGCUUUUUACAGACAACUGGGUGAUGGCGUGUUUGAACCAAAUGUUAGAAAAGCCGGAGGGACCUGGGCUGCUCCAGCAUGGGCCCGACAGCCAGCUGUGAGAGGACUGCCUGGGGUGGGGCGGGGACCUGGGCCAGCUGCCGGACAGGGCCCUUCCAACUCUGGGGGUGUGCUGCUUACGAAACCAAAACGUUGACUGCCUGCCUCUGCCCACGUGCACUGACUUGCUCAUUUCCAAAGAUGAGGGUGCGGCGCCCUUUUCCAUCAAGAGGCAGGAGAAGGUUGGGGGGUCUGAGGGUGGGCCUCGCAUCCCUCCUCCUCCUCACAGCCCCACAGAUGGCGCUUUCCCUGCAGACCCCAUCUGGUCAGGCCCACAACUGCCCAGUGUACGCUCCCUGAUGCUUAUACCAAAUAGGGCAUGUGCGGCUGGCGGCUGGCAGGGACGGCUCCGUCCCUGCGUCGGAGUUGGCAGAGAGAAGCAGCAAUAAACAUUAGGUGAAUGGUGGAAAGUGCUGUUUGGCCAAGAGGCCUUCGGUCCAAUGGCACAGCUUUCCAAGUUCUUGAUGAGGCUACAAAAGCUCCAUUUAUAAAAGAAAGCCAAUAAUGUAAAUAAGUCAAAAACUAAGCCUCCAAGCGCGGUUUUUAAAGGGGGAUGAUGAUGUGAAACCACCCACAGGAUGCGGUAGUCUGAUUUUUCUGUGCAUUGUCAUUUCUUUGAUAGCAACUUUUGUUACUUAACUCUGUGCAUAACUUAUUUAAUGUACUGUAUAAAUGAACCAAAACUGUUGAAUAUGUAUUUAGUUUGUUCUACUUAAAGUAGUCAA